CUUUCUACAGAACCCAGUUCCCACUCAACUCUGAGAUUUUGGUUUGUUGGUUCAUCCAUGGCUCUGUUCCGAAGUCAGAAGGCCUCCCUUUCCAAAUAUACUGCCUCUCCUUACCCAUUUCGCUAUCACGUGUUCUUGAGCUUCAGAGGUGAGGACACUCGAAAGAACUUCACUGAUCACCUCUACGCGGCUCUGGUCAACGCCGGAUUUCAUACUUUCCGAGAUGACCCUGAACUCGAGAGAGGGGAAAAUAUCAAGGAAAAGCUUGAGAACGCCAUUCAACAGUCACAAAGUUCUGUGAUUGUGUUUUCGAAAGACUACACCUCUUCCAGAUGGUGUCUGGACGAGCUUGUCAUGAUCCUUGAACGCAAGAGGACCUCCGAUCAUGUUGUGUUACCGGUCUUCUACGACGUCGAUCCAUCCCAUGUGAGGAAGCAGGCAGAAACUCUUUCAAAGGUUCCUAAAUACCAAGAAAAUCAAUCCUCGGAGAAGUUGAAUGGAUGGCGGGCAGCGCUUAGUGAAGUUGCAGAUCUAACAGGCAUGGUUUUACAAAAUGAAGCUGACGGGCACGAGUCAAAGUUCAUCCAAAAGAUUGUUACAGUGAUUCAAGACAAGCCCGGUGGUGUGCCCCUGACCCAUGUCCAGGAGGUGUUACAGAAGAAGUUGUUGUUUAUUACGCCGCACCUCGAUGACGCCGAGGGGAAGCAACUGAACAACCCAACUGUGAAGGCAUGGCUCAAUGAGCUCAAAGAAGCUGUCUAUGAUACCGGGGACCUAUUGCAGGAGAUCAAGACAGAAGCAUUAAGACGAAAGAUGGAACCCGAAUCUGGAAUUAGCACGAGUAAGGUAGAAGAGCUCAACUCUAGUCUUCCAUUUCAUGCUUUUGAUUCAGCAUCAAUAUACCCGAGGGUAGAGGAAGUUAUUAAAAGACUAGACUCCAUUACGGAGCAGAGAAGAGAUGUCUUGGGAAUGGAAGCAAGUGCUGGAUACAAGGUAUCACAAACAAUACCGUCAACUUCUUUGGUAGAAAAGUCUGUAUAUGGAAGAGAUGAAGAGAAAGAAACAUUGGUUAAAUUGUUGCUAUCAGAUGAUGAGAGUGGCAAUGAGAUAAGUGUGAUUCCUAUUGUGGGUAUGGGUGGGAUCGGAAAGACCACCCUUGCCCAGUUUGUAUACAACGAUUUUAGAGUCAAGCAACGUUUUGACAUCAAAGCAUGGGCUUGUGUUUCAAAAGAAUUUGAUGUUCUUCAGAUCUCACAACAAAUUUAUGAGUCCCUCACCAAAAAAGCUUGCAAGAUCACGAGCCUUGAUCUGCUUCUAUCAGAGUUGCAGGCAACUUUGAGGGGGAAAAGGUUCUUCUUUGUUCUUGAUGACAUCUGGAACAAGAAUUAUAACCAGUUGGAAUUCCUAAUGCGUCCCCUUGAGUCUGGAGCACAUGGAAGCAAGAUUAUUGUCACAACGCGCGAUGAAGAUGUUACACGUAAGAUGGGUAGCCUUGAAGCUCACCGUCUCAUGCCAAUGUCUGAGCAAGAUAGCUGGUCGUUAUUCGAAAAACAUGCCUUCAAAAAUGCAGGUGUUGGUACACACUCACAUCUUGAAAAAAUCAGUAGACAAAUUGUUCGAAAGUGCAAGGGUCUUCCUUUGGCUGUUAAGUCCCUUGCGGGUCUCUUAUGUUCUAAAUUAAAUGUGGGUGAGUGGGAAACUAUAUUGAACAGUGACCUGUGGGAGUUGCCUUUGGAUAGUGACAUUCUGCCAUCUCUUUGGUUGAGCUAUAUGUACCUGCCUUCACAACUCAAACAUUGUUUUGCAUAUUGUUCGAUAUUUCCCAAGAACUAUAAGUUCAGCACAUCAGAAUUAGUUUACUUGUGGAAGGCUGAAGAUCUAUUGCGACCUAAAAAAAACAAAACUGCAGAUGAAAUCGGACAAGAUUACUUCAAUGAUCUAAUCUCAAUGUCAUUUUUUCAAGUUUCAUCAAGUUUCGAUCAAUAUAUCAUGCAUGACCUUAUCAAUGAUUUAGCAAGCUUUGUAUCAGGAGAAUUUUGUUUUAGGUGGGAGGGCAGUGAUUCACCCAACAAUUUGAGCAAGACUCGUCACUUUUCAUAUACGCCGAGAUAUAAUGAUGAGACUGGGCUAUCAGAGAUGUUUGAGGCUUUACAGCAAGCUAAAUGUUUGCACACCUUUCUACCAUUAGUACCAUCUUAUGCAUCGCGGAAUUUGUUGGGCAAAGGACUCUACGAGGCAUUGCCAAAGUUUCAAUGUUUAAGAAUGUUCAUGUUAUCAGGGUACAAUAUUAAGGAAUUGCCUGAUUCAAUUAACAACUUGAAACAUCUUAAGCACUUGGACUUGUCUUCCAGUUCCAUCGAGAAAUUACCUGAUACAAUUUGUACUUUGUAUAACUUGCAAGUAUUGUUGUUGUCAAACUGUCCAGGCCUUACUGAACUGCCAGCCAACUUGGGAAGAUUGAUCAACUUGAGCCAUCUGGAUAUUACACGUACAUUCUUGAAAAAGAUGCCACCGUAUAUGGGUAAUUUGAAAGACCUCCAGAUGCUACCAGAGUUUGUGCUAGACAAACACACUGCUGUGGAUAAUUUGGCAGAGUUACAGAAGCUUGAAAAACUGCGUGGAAGACUUUGUAUCUCAGGGCUUGUGCAUUGCAGCGGUUUGGAGGCCUACAUACUGAGGGACAAGAAGUUUCUUAAGAAACUGGAAUUGGAUUGGGGGAAACCAUGGGGUUGGGGAGAAGAAGAAGAAGAAGAGUCUGACGAUUUGGUGGAGGCAAUAUGGGAUUUAAGUGAAGAAGCAGCAGAGUCUGACGAUUUGGUGGAGGCGAAAUGGGAUUCAAGUGAAGAAGGCAAUAGUACUGUAGAAGAAAGAGAUGUGCUUGAGAAGCUCCAACCUCACCCGAACCUGGAAAGGAUUACUAUUACAGGUUAUGGAGGCAAAAUGUUUCCAGGUUGGUCAGGAUAUUAUUCUUCCUCUGCUCUUGUUUCUCUUAAACUUGAAAAUUGUGAGAAUUGUAUCUCCUUGCCACCAUUGGGACAGUUACCUUCCCUCAGAAAGCUUCUAGUAUCAUUGUGCCCCAAUCUUACCGGGAGAUUAGCGUCAGACAGUCUCCCAUCUCUCGAGUCUUUGGAGGUAAUUCAAUGCCCAGAAUUCGAAUGUUUUCCGGAAGAUGGAUUCCCGUCAAAGUUAAAAUCACUUGAGUACUUGGACGGUAAAGAAGUGAAUGCAAAGAGUAUGCAGAAUCUGAACAAGGGUCUCCGAACACUCACCUCUCUUGAAAUAUUGAUACUUGAUUUUAACUGCAACGAAAAAGUAGAUUGGUUUGCGGAGGAGCAGGAGGAGGGGCUGUUUCCCAGCACUCUGACAUAUCUCCAGAUCCGCCGUCUGAAUUGUGAGACCAUCGACGGCGCCAAGGGGUUUGGCCAUCUCAACUCUCUUCAAUCUUUGUAUAUAUGGAAUUGCCCUGCGCUCCGGUGCUUGCCAGAUAGUGGGCUACCAACUUCUCUUCAACGCUUGGACAUUAAGAGUUGCCCUGCUCUGCAGUGCUUGCCAGAUAGUGAUUGCCCUUUGCUUGAGGAACGGUGCCAAAGAGAGACGGGUGAAGAUUGGCCCAAGAUUGCUCACAUCAAGCACAUACAGAUUAAUAGGAAAACGAUAUGACAACGACAGAGGGCUUGCAUUCUGAUCAAUUUGGCUUUGACAACGACAUGCCAUAUGAAGGAGAAACAGACCAUUUCCAUUUCCUACGCAGUUUCAUGGAAACUUGGAAAGUGAGCAAAAUUUCUUGAUAUCUUAAGGCAAAAUUUCUUGAUAUCCUUUCCAUUUUCAUGGGCCAACUUCUGGAACUGGAUUCUCUUCUGAUCAAAGCUUCUCUGGUUGUUAUGCAAUGCUGCCAGCUGCAACUGAAGGUACUAUAGAGCACUUGUGUAUCAACAUACUCCUGGAAUAGUACAAAUGCUCUGUGAAUAAGUCAAGUCAGCCCUCAGAUUUUGUUUUUUUCUUUUUAUGCAGCAUCUCAGCAAGGAAAAAUUCUCCUGAUUCUAGGACACUUGGGAUGCCAGAGAAGGAUCAUUUCCUCUUACAUAACUCUGAAAAACAAUAGUCCAGUGUGGUCGCCCAAUCGGCGAGGGUGGGGUUUACUGUCAAAGGGCUUCAACUUCCAAGGAGCAUACUUAUAAAUACACCAACCGGCAGUUAUGCUUUAUUUGUUUCCUUCUGCUAACUGCUAUUUGUGUUCUAUUUAUAUGGCUUUAUUAAUGAUGUAUCAACAAGAAUCACUUGAUUUCAUUAGCUAUUAUAUUGAUGUAGUGAUCAUCUAAGAGUUUCAGAAUGUUUCAUUAAUGCAUGUUUUCUUAUAUGCAAUGUUUAGUGUUGAAGUUGAGUCUCUACUUUCUACUGGUUGAAUUAGGUGGCAAAAUAUUCCAAAUUUCAAGAAAUGAGUCUUAAACUUUACUGUCUUCUUUAUUUUGAUAUUUUACCUUACAUCAAGUUCUAUUUUUGGUUUGGUCAGAUGGCAGAAAAUGCAUGCACAAUUGCAGGGAAAUUUCACUGCAAUGUUGGAUUUUUAAUGGUAGAUUUCCAUUGCAAUGUCGGCUUUUUCUUGGUAAAUUUCUACUGCUUAUAAGUUAAUCUUUCCAUUACUACUUUUUCUCUUUUGGCAAACUAAUUAUUUCAUCACUAGUGGCAACCCAUUCAACAAUUUGUGAAAUAAAACGAAAUUUGGAAAAGACUGAACCGAACUGUGGGUUAGAGAAAGUGUUAAUAACAUUCCUAGAAAAUAAAUAGCUAGUGCUUUCCAGCUGCAAAUGCAUUAUUACUUGGACUGGAAAGUGUGAGGAAAAGAAAUGGCCAUCCCACUGAAAAAGUGAAAAGAAAAGGAAAGUCCGAAAGGGGCAUCCCACCAAAAGCAAAAGGAGAGAGUAAAAGAGAAAGAAAGGGGCGUAUGUAUCUUUCUACUUUCUACUUUCUACUUUCUACACAGGUAGGAAUUUGUAACCCGAUUCCCACUCAACUGAGAAACCACCAAAAUUUUCAAAUUUCAAGAACUGA